CUCUGCUCAGCUCCAUCAGUGUGAAGAUGGCGGAGGGCGAACUGAACGUGGACAGCCUCAUCUCUCGGCUCUUGGAAGUGCGGGGAUGUCGUCCGGGGAAGAUCGUGCAGAUGACGGAGGCGGAGGUCCGGGGCUUGUGCAUCAAGUCCAGGGAGAUCUUCCUGAGCCAGCCCAUCCUCCUGGAGCUGGAGGCCCCACUCAAGAUCUGCGGGGACAUCCACGGGCAGUACACAGACCUGCUGAGGCUCUUUGAGUACGGCGGCUUCCCUCCAGAGGCUAACUACCUGUUUCUGGGAGACUACGUGGAUCGGGGGAAGCAGUCCCUGGAGACCAUCUGCCUGCUGCUGGCCUACAAGAUCAAGUACCCCGAGAACUUCUUCCUCCUGAGGGGCAACCACGAGUGCGCCUCCAUCAACCGCAUCUACGGUUUCUACGACGAGUGUAAGCGCCGGUUCAACAUCAAACUGUGGAAGACCUUCACUGACUGCUUCAACUGCCUGCCCAUCGCUGCCAUCAUCGACGAGAAGAUCUUCUGCUGCCACGGGGGAUUGUCGCCUGAUCUGCAGUCCAUGGAGCAGAUUCGUAGGAUCAUGAGGCCCACAGAUGUACCAGACACAGGCCUGCUGUGCGACCUGCUGUGGUCCGACCCCGAUAAGGACGUGCAGGGCUGGGGGGAGAACGACCGCGGAGUCUCCUUCACCUUCGGGGCAGAUGUGGUCAGCAAGUUCCUCAACCGCCACGACCUGGACCUCAUCUGCAGAGCGCACCAGGUCGUGGAGGACGGGUACGAGUUCUUUGCCAAACGUCAGCUGGUCACCCUGUUCUCGGCGCCCAACUACUGCGGGGAGUUUGAUAACGCCGGCGGCAUGAUGAGCGUGGACGAAUCGCUCAUGUGCUCCUUCCAGAUCCUAAAGCCGUCGGAGAAGAAGGCCAAGUACCAGUACGGAGGCGUGAACUCGGGCCGACCGGUGACCCCCCCGCGCACCGCCCAGGCCCCCAAGAAGAGGUGAACCCCCGGUCCCUCCUCUCCGCGUGAACCCCCGGCCCCCCCUCUCCCCCCUGCCGCGCCUGCCCAGGUACAGGGGGCCUAUCUAACCCCGCCCCCUUCUCCCCCCCCCCUCCCCAACUCCACUGACAGCUCUUUUCUUAAUGUGUCCGUGUACAUACAUUUUGCCGUGCGAUUCAUUUGACUUGCCUGUCGUUAACGUCGGUAUUUUUGAUAUUAUUAACCAACCUUACAGUGGUGGACUUUUGGAUUUUCGAAGUUCCGUGUUGUAAAUUAAGGACUUCUUUUGAGAGGAAGUCGAGAAUGUGUCUUUUUUUUUUUUUUUUUCAUUUUCUUUUUCUUUUCUCGAGUGAAAGAUCCAAUAGAUAUGACAUUGUUUUGCCUUGAUCGCUCUCAGCUAUAGAGACUGAGAUUCUCGUACGAUGUUGAAUCCGUAUAGAAAACCACACGUAUUUCGGAGGUUUUAACCCUUGCAUGUGCACGUGGUGUUGUGCACUAACCAUGUUUUGUUUAAUUUUUUUGUUUGGUUUCUUUUUUUUGGGUAAUGUUGGACAGAAGGAAUCGAAAGCAUUAACUGGUAAAGAAUGUGGACAGACCGGCGUGAAUGAAAAUGCGGAUUGAAAUGUUAUCAGGAAAAGAGAAUUAUACGUACAAUUUUAAUAUUUUAUACAAAUUAUUGCGGGGAUUUUUUUUUUUUUUUGUGAGAUGGUGUUUACAAAAUACAAAAUUGUCUUCUCAAAUUAUCUUUUAUUGUUGAAAUUUGGAGGAAAAAAAUACAAAAAAGUGGGGUCGAGUAAGUGAUCUAAAAUUUCUAGGCGGCAACAGCGUGAAGGUUCCCGGUUCAAUUCCCAGACUUUUUUGGGUUUUAACGGUGUUGGCUUUGCAUGUUUUUGGAAAGUCCAUGUACUCGGGUUCCUUACCUAUUUAAGGCGCUGUACCUGAUUUUUUUUCUUGUCUUAAAACGUGAAAAACAAAACUAGUUCACUUAAAAAAAAAAAACGGUUUGCAUUGGUCCAAAGUCAUUCCUCAUUUGUCUUACACUUGAGUUUUUCACAGAUUUUUCUCAGACUUUGGCCAGAAAAUCCGGUACAGGUCCUUUUGAAAUUAUUUUAAAAUAAAUAAUUUAGCUACAAAUACCACCCCACUUAAAGAGAAAGUAAACUAAAAUGACCAAAGUUGCGAGACUGAACUCAUGCUCCAAAUAUUUUUCCACAAUUUUUGCACAAUUCUUGUAAAAUUUGGAAGUGAAAUAGAAAAUAAAAAUAAAUGUAUGGACAAAUCAUCAGCUAGAGCUUGAAUGUAAUUUGAAAAGAUUCACAUAUGAAGAAAAUAUACAGAAUUUAAAAAUUUGUUCAUCUUUUUUUUUUUAAGUUGUCUUGACUGAGAAGAAAGAAUCAGACUGAUAGUGCCCCCUGGUGUUGAAAUUGAGAAUAACAGGUUUUUUCCAAAUGUAUAAUGAAAGUUUACAGAUUAGUUUCAGUUUAAGAAUAAAUGGUUCAACGCAUUUAAAGGUACAUUGUCCAAAACCGCAGAUUGUUUUUUUAACAGUUGCCUCUUUUUAAUAAAUAUGUUUUGGCUUUAUUUCGUUGGACCGCUCUCAGAGUUAGAUAUUCGGUUGUAUUUUUCGGUUUUCUUUUCUCAAUGUUUACCUCUUAUUUACAUAAUUUAUUUCCUGAACUUAAGAGUAAAUGUAUUACAAUGAGGUGUUACCAAAAGCUGUUUUGCAAUUUGUACAAGUUUGUUUGAAAGUCUAUACAGUUAAAUAAAAUGGAUGG